UGCCGAAAAUAUAAACUCCUUACGCCGUGCCCAGCCUGUGCAGGAUAUCUUAUGCGCGUGGACGUAGUUGCUCAAUAGUGCCAGCUGCCUGCCGGAGAGUUUGGGCCAUUGAGCAGCGUGGUGCUGGGCAAGUCAAGCACAGAGGAGCACUGGACGAGCUUACUGAACCAAGCGGCCAUAAAGAUGAUCGGACGUUUAUUUCGCGCCCACGGCGAGUUCUGUGCCUCGCAUCCCUGGGAGGUGAUUGUCGCCCUGCUCACCAUCACAGCCUGCAUGCUGACCAUCGACAAGAACACCAGCCUGGACGCAAGCAAUGGUCUUAGCAGCGCCAGUGCCACAGCAGCAGCAGCAGCUGCUGCUGCAAACAGCGCUGGAGCGGCGUCUGCAGCCGGCGGCGCGCCGCCCCCGAUCAUUGCCAGCGCAACAUCGAGUCGCCACCGGCCCUGCCAUGGCUGGAGUCAAUCCUGCGAUGGCCUCGAGGCCGAGUACAAUGCCGCCGAUGUGAUUCUGAUGACCAUUGUGCGCUGCACCGCGGUGCUCUACUGUUACUAUCAGUUCUGCAGCCUGCACAGGCUCGGCUCCAAAUAUGUGCUAGGCAUCGCCGGGCUAUUUACGGUCUUCUCCAGCUUUAUAUUCACCACGGCCAUAAUUAAGUUUCUGGGCAGCGAUAUAUCGGAUCUAAAGGAUGCGCUUUUCUUUCUGCUGCUGGUCAUUGAUCUGUCCAACUCGGGGCGGCUGGCACAGCUGGCGCUUUCGGGGCACAGCCAGGCGGAGGUCACACAGAACAUAGCACGUGGCUUGGAGCUGCUGGGCCCGACCAUUUCGCUGGACACCAUUGUCGAGGCUUUGCUGGUGGGCGUGGGCACGCUGUCGGGCGUGCAGCGUCUUGAGGUGCUUUGCAUGUUUGCAGUGCUCUCGGUGCUGGUCAACUAUGUGGUCUUUAUGACCUUCUAUCCCGCCUGCCUUUCGCUCAUAUUCGAUCUGUCGCGCAAUGGCGUCGACAUGUCCAUGGUGCGGGAGCGCGCCAAGGGCUCGCUGUUGCUCAAAUCGCUCACCGAGGAGGAGCAGAAGGCCAAUCCAGUGCUGCAGCGCGUCAAGCUGAUCAUGACCACUGGCCUGAUGAUUGUGCACAUCUACAGUCGAGUCGUCUUCACCAGCAGCGAUUACGAUGCGGUCGACAAGACGCUCUCGCCCACGCUGAAUCUGAACGUGAACAACAAUCGCACGGAGUCGGGCGAAAUAACCGACAUCAUAAUCAAAUGGCUAACGAUGAGCGCGGAUCACAUAGUCAUCUCUAUUGUCCUAAUUGCCCUGGUGGUCAAGUUCAUCUGCUUCGACAAUCGCGAUCCGCUGCAGAAUCAGCUGCGGCAGCCAACCACAGCGAAGGCGUCGCAGACCACGCCGCUGGAGGAAGAGCAGCCAAAGCAGCUUCCAACUUACAUGCAGCUCGCAGCACCUCGCACGCCGCUGUUCAGCAUCGAGGAGCACAAAUCGAAAAAUGCAGCCACACAGACCGAGCUGGUGACCGUGCGUCAGCGCCUGGCACCGCCAGCACGCCCGCCACGCCCACUGCAGGAAUGCCUGAAGGUGCUAAAUGCCAUCGACGAGGCCGACGGCAUUAGCGGCGCCAGCGUGUUAACGGACGAGGAAAUCAUUGCCAUUGUCAAUGCUGGCGGGGCGCAUUGUCCGCUCUACAAGAUCGAAUCCGUGCUGGAGGAUGCAGAGCGUGGCAUACGUAUUCGGCGCCAGAUAAUAGCCGCACGUGCCAAGAUGCCGAUGUCACGUCUGGAAGUGCUGCCCUAUGAGCAUUUCGACUAUCGCAAAGUGAUGAACGCCUGCUGCGAGAAUGUCCUCGGCUAUGUGCCCAUACCCGUGGGUUAUGCGGGUCCACUGCUGCUGGAUGGCGAGAGCUACUAUGUGCCCAUGGCAACCACUGAGGGUGCUCUGGUGGCCUCCACGAAUCGCGGCUGCAAGGCGCUGUCUGUGCGCGGCGUACGCUCCGUCGUGGAAGAUGUGGGCAUGACGCGUGCACCUUGUGUUCGUUUUCCCAGCGUCGCUCGCGCCUCCGAGGCCAAGAAGUGGAUCGAGAGCGAGGAGAACUACAAGCUCGUCAAAACAGAGUUCGACUCGACGUCGCGUUUUGGUCGCUUGAAGGAAUGCCACAUUGCCAUGGAUGGCCCGCAGCUGUAUAUACGUUUCGUGGCGCUCACGGGCGAUGCCAUGGGCAUGAACAUGGUGUCCAAGGGCGCAGAGAUGGCCCUGCGCUGCAUCAAGCGCCAGUUUCCCGACAUGCAAAUCAUUUCGCUGAGCGGCAACUUCUGCUGCGACAAAAAGCCCGCAGCCAUCAAUUGGAUCAAGGGGCGUGGCAAACGUGUUGUCGCCGAGUGCACCAUACCGGCGGCCACACUGCGUUCGGUGCUGAAGACGGACGCCAAGACGCUGGUCGAAUGCAACAAGCUGAAGAACAUGUCCGGCAGUGCCAUGGCCGGCAGCAUCGGGGGCAACAAUGCACAUGCGGCCAAUAUGGUGACCGCUGUGUUUCUGGCUACCGGCCAGGAUCCCGCUCAGAAUGUCACAUCCAGCAAUUGCUCCACGGCCAUGGAGUGCUGGCCCGAGAACGAUGAGGAUUUGUAUAUGACCUGCACCAUGCCCUCGCUGGAGGUGGGCACCGUGGGCGGCGGCACUGGUCUACCCGGCCAGGGUGCCUGCCUCGACAUGCUGGGCGUGCGUGGCGCACAUGCUACGCAUCCGGGCGACAAUGCCAAGAAACUGGCGCAAAUUGUCUGCGCCACUGUCAUGGCCGGUGAGCUGAGCCUGAUGGCAGCGCUGGUCAACAGCGAUCUAGUCAAGAGUCACAUGCGCCACAAUCGGUCAUCCAUUGCCGUGAGCAGCGCCAACAAUCCGCUCAACGUGACCGUCUCCAGUUGCAGCACAAUCAGCUAGAACUGACGCCGCAUUCACCUCCUGUACAUAGGCGCUCGCUCGGUUCGAUGUAGGCGGCGCUCAAGUUAAAAUUCUUUUGUUCAAACGAAUGCUUAUUGAAUUAAUUAUUGUAAUUAUAUAAUUGUAAUUAAUCCAAUUGGCCAGGCCAAGCAACAGCAGCAGCAGCAGCAUUAAGCAAUUGUUCAAAGCCAAAGCCUUUUGUGUGCGUAUGCGAUUGAAUUGUUGUAAUUGUUAAAAACUAGUUUCAAGUAUAACGCAGCCUGGGAUUCGUUGUUGUUGCAAUUUCCAUUUAGUUUAUACGAAUGCCUAUAUAUAUAUAUCUAUAUAUAAAUUGAUGUGUGUGUACGAUAAUGAGCCUAUUUUUUCUACAAACAUAUUUCUAGUGCAAGCGCAAAACUUGUUAAAAGUAUUCCUUAAGCGAAUUAGUUUUAGUGACUAAGAUUUAAAAGAGAAAAAGGUGUUGUUUUUUUUUUAAUAGAACAGACAGAUUGCGAAGCGGAAUGCAAAUGAAAGAUUAAAUACAAAAUGUAAUCGAUAGAUGUCAUUUAUAGACGCUGCGCCCGGGCUUACAAAUCGGAACUCCAUUUAUUUUACUUUAAU